AUGCCUGCCAUACGAGUGACUGUCGCCUCGAAUGCGCAACAAACACAAAAGGCUCCAGUGAUUAUACCCGCUUCUGCAUCCACUGAUCCUGUAGCUUCUUCAUCUAUCCGAGCACUUAUCUUCAAGAAUGCUCAAUCAAAGCUGCGCCUAAAGAAGCCUACCCGCAUCUUUGUUGGGCAUACUGGACAAGAGCUGUUGACUGAAGCAGACUGGAAAACCCAUAUCGAAAAUGAUAUCUUGCUGCUCAUCUCAACAGGAGAGGAAUAUGUUGGUGCUAAGAAAGAAUCGGAUGUAAAUGCAGACGCAAACCCACAAUGUCCAGUUGAAGUCCUAGCAUCCAAAGCGCCCGUUGGGUCGCUUUCUGUGACCCAGCUCACGACCACUGCACAUACGCUCCCCGGAAUUGUACAUGCUGUUGGUCAACCUGAUUUGCAUCCCGGCACUAAAUUUCCCAUUGGUGCAGUCUUCGCUUCGAAGAGAUGGAUUCAUCCUCCUCUGAUCGGAGGCGAUAUUGGGUGUGGUAUGGCCUGGUACAAGACUACACUGCCUCGAAGCCAAGUCGAUGGGGACAAGGGCAAGAAGGUUGCUGAAAAGCUUCGAGGGCUAGAGGGAAUAUGGCAGACUCAAGCGUACCGAGAAACAUGGCUAAUGGACGAGCAAGAACGCAGCUAUUCUGUAGGUCAGCAAUGGGACGUUGCGUUGGGUACCAUAGGAGCUGGAAACCAUUUUGCCGAGAUCCAGGUGGUUGAAGAAUCAUCACUUGCCAACAUAGACAACAGUCUCCACCAAGACGAUGUCGUUCUCCUAGUCCACUCAGGCUCUCGAGGAUUAGGAGGCAGUAUCCUCAAGAAGUAUACAACAGAGAUGCGCACCAGCUUUGAAGAGGGUAGUUCGGAUGCAACCGAAUACAUGAAAGAACACGACAAGGCCUGCGAGUGGGCGAAAGCAAACAGGGAUCUAAUCGCGUUGCGUUUCUUUGCAUGUCUUGAACCUGGCAACGAAGACUGGAAUCUGGGCAGAUCAGACGCAGGCAAUCUCGGCGAAGAAGGCAUCAAGAUGAUUCCAGUUGCCAAAGCGGCACUGAAGAGACGCAAGGUGGUCGACAUCUGGCACAACAACGUUGAGCGGGUGGCAUGGCCUCCAUCCGCACCUUGUCCAACUGGGAGAUAUGCAUGGAGUUUGAACGAUACUACUCAAGGGUACGUAUAUGUUCACAGGAAAGGUGCAGCACCGACGUACAACCCGAAGACUCAAUUACCGCUCAGCCUUGUUCCACUUCCCGGAUCCCGAGGCACACCGACGCUCAUUCUCCAACCUACGUUCUCAGCCUCCAACUCAUGGGGUCUAAAGAACGGACUUUCGCUCGCCCACGGUGCAGGACGCGCCAUGUCUCGGGCAAAAGCGCUGUCAACCUUGGCUCAGAAGUACAAAGGCCAAAAUAUUCUGGAGCCACGAUCGACGGACACUGAAGGCACGUGGGUCAUCUGUGACGAGAAGGACCUUGUUUUUGAAGAAGCUCCAGACGCAUACAAAGAUGUUCAGGCCGUCGGGCAGGAUCUGGUAGAUGCCGGUGCGGCACAUGUUGUCGGCUGGUGUCGCGCUAGGAUCAGCUAUAAGGUCAGAAAUGAGACACGUUGA